CAUCUGAGCCUCGUUGCCUCCUACAGUGACUGUAACCGAAUGAACUGUCAGAACCUGGCUGUGUGUUUCGGCCCGGUGCUCCUGACUCCCACCCAGGAGUCCUGGAGACCCACUGCACCAGGACAGGGCGGUCAGGGCGGGCGCGGGGGGAGCUGUGGAAGGGGCGGACGGAGUUUUGCUCACAGCGAGGAGAUCGCCAGUGCUGUGGACUUCAAGAGACACAUUGAGGCCUUGCAUUACCUGUUGCAGCUCUGGCCCAUUCCUACAGACAGAGUGACAGACAACCCCGACUCUCCCACCAUCCUCCAGCCCUCCUGUAGUUCAGACGUGCCUCCUUCCCCUCCCAGCCCCAUGCCCCAUAACCCCCUGCCGCGGCGCUGCCAGCGUGGCCUGUCGCUACCUCUGGACCUCCCGGGGGACGACGUGGGCGUGGUGUCGCGACGUGGACGGGGCAGACUGGAGAGCCCGCCCUGUAACCGGUAUGCUGGCGACUGGAGCGUGUGUGGGCGGGACUUCCUGUCCGGAGGCGAUGCGGACUACGAUGAGGUGGCAGGGAGCGACAGUGAGGAAGAGGAGGAAGAGAGGAAGGUGAAGAAGGUGGAGUGGACUCAGUACGUAGACGACUUAGUUCUGGACUUUGACGCCCCGUUUACCUGCAGACUGAGUCUCAAAGACUUUGAUACGCUGAUAUCAGACCUGGAGAGAGAGCUGUCCAAACAGAUUAACAUCUGUCUCUGAGAGGGAGAGGGGGGAGAGGGAA